CAUGGACGGGUGAUCGGGGCUCCUUGCUUGCUUUGAGAUGCAGCCCAGGCGUUCGGAGGAAUUCCCCCACGACCCCUCCUGGUCCGUCUGAUACGAAGCUUGGAGACUCUCCCAAGGGGUGCUUUAAGACUUCCAGCCGUACCUAAUUCAGAAGGCCACAGACCUUCAAGAGGACUCGCUUUCCUAGUUGCCGUGACUGGAUCACUGGAAAAGCACAAAGGAAGUUUCAAGUAACCUGCUCGCCCUGAUCCUCUCAGGAUUGUUGCUUCUUCUCCUCGAGGCACCUCACCAAGGAUCAUUGGUUUCUUUCAGGAUCAACUGUCGACGGCAGGAGGCGGAGGGAAGGGAGGUGGUGGUGGGGCUCGUCAUUACGGCCUUUUCCCUAGCAGCACGGCUCACUCCAGCAGCAUCAGCAGCAGCAUCGGGAGCAGCAGGGGAAAGGAAAGGAGCAGCACGCCAUCGCCAUGGCAGAGGAGAAGAAGAAGCACAAGCACAAGCACAAGGAGAAAGAUAAGGAGAAGAAGGACAAGGCCGCGACGGGGGAGUCGGCAAGCUUCAAGCCGUGCGUGGACGUGAAGGGCAUCCGUUUCGGCGGGCAGUUCAUCGUCAAGUCGUUCACGGUGCGGCGCGCGUCGCCGUUGGAGCUGCUCCGGCUGCUGGACAUCCCGCCGUCGUACCUGAGCGAGCUGCAGAGCCUGCCGUUCCCGUCCACCACCGCCUACAUGCCCACCAGCUUCACCAUCCUGGCGCACCAGGCGUGGCACACGCUCACGCUCGGCCUGGGCACCAAGAAGUCCAAGGUGGUGCUCUUUGUCUUCGAGUCUGAGGCCAUGAAGUGCGCCGUGGACCAGCUCUGGCCGGCCAUGAUCCCGCUCGGCGACGUCAACAAGAAGCUAAUCCGCGGGCUGUCCGGGAGCGAGAUGGCCAGGUUCAAGUUCAGGAAAGGGUGCCUCACCAUCUACGUCUACGCCGUGCGCCGGCUGGGCGCCGUGGGCUUCGUGCGCGCCGACGACCUCCGGAGGAUACUGCAGGCCGUGGUGGAGCUCAAGGACUUCUUGGAUCACACCGCCAUGCUCGCCAUGCCAAGCCAGAGGAGCAUCACCUUGCAGUCCCGGACCGCGGCGGCGCAAUGAUCCUCCGGCGAGCUCGAUCCAUUUCUGCAGUGCAGGUACUAUAGUUGGCUCGCGAUCAAUUUGCAAAGAAGUCUUGAUUCUUUUUCGGUUCAAUUAGUUUGUUUCACUGUCGGUGUCUCCCUCCUCUGCUGGGGAGCUGUAUAGAUCGGACUUGGGUAUAGAUCUCUAUAUGUUGAGCAGAAACUUUCAGCAAAUUAAGCAUAGAUUUUCCCAAAAGGAACAUUUUCCCAUGGGGAUCUUACAUUUUUUUAGUAUACUCUAUCCUGCCCCUGAAAUAAUCCUUCAUCGAUGAAGCCAUGGUCUGUUCUGUGUCA